AUGGAAGGUUGCGGAUGCUUUGAUGAUGGCAAGGACGGCAGCAAGACAAAAUACCGUGGCGUGCGACGCCGCCCGUCGGGCAAGUUCGCCGCGGAGAUCCACGACUCGUUGCGACAGAGCAUGCGCACCUGGCUCGGCACGUUCGAUACGGCCGAGGAAGCGGCGCGAGCGUAUGACCGCACGGCGUACCGCAUGCAAGGGCACCUCACCGUGCUCAACUUCCCCGCCGAGACGCACAACUAUGUGCGCGGAUUGUCAUCUUCCUAG